AACAUUAAGCCAACCACAACACUCCAAAUUAAACCAAAGUUUAAACUUUUACACUAUAUAAAUAUCAAUGUCCUAAUUAAGAAAGGUAACUCCUACUCUCAAAUUCCACCAACAACAAAAAAAUAAAACACUCUCUUUUCUAAAUUUCAAUGGAUUGGAUGAGAGGCAGAACCAUUGGCCGUGGCUCAACCGCCACCGUCUACAUAGCCGAGAAUCGACAUUCCGGCGAACAUUUUGCGGUCAAAUCUACAGAGCUUCACCGCUCGGAGUUUCUGAAGAGAGAACAAGAGAUUCUCUCGAAGCUUAAUUGUCCUGAAAUUGUGGACUACCAUGGUUGUGAUGUCACGUUGGAAAACGGUGUUGAGUUUUUCAACUUGUUCAUGGAGUAUGCACCUUAUGGAACUCUCUCCGAUGAACUACGCAACAGAAAUGGUGGAAAUGGAAUGGAAGAAGCUUUGGUCAAGUUCCACGCGCGCCGGAUUUUAUUUGGACUUCACUAUCUUCAUUCAAAUGGGAUAGUACAUUGCGAUUUGAAGGGACAGAACGUCUUGUUGACGGAACAUGGUGCGAAAAUCGCUGAUUUUGGUUGUGCUCGGAGGGUUGAGGAGGAGGAGAUGCUAAUUUCCGGUACGCCGGCUUACAUGGCACCGGAGGUGGCGCGUGGGGAGGAGCAAGGGUUUUCUGCUGAUGUGUGGGCUUUGGGAUGUACUGUUUUGGAGAUGAUCACCGCGAAAAUGCCGUGGCAGGGUGUUUCUGACCCUGCGGCGGUUUUGUAUCGAAUUGGAUUCUCCGGCGAUGUGCCGGAGAUUCCUAACUCUGUUUCGGAACAGGGGAAGGAUUUUUUGAGGAAAUGUUUGAAGAGAGAUCCAAACGAGAGGUGGUCGGUGAUUGAGCUUCUUGGACAUGAAUUUGUUGGAGAGUUUAAGGAAUUGGUGUUUGAUUCGGAAACUCCGACGACUGUGUUGGAACGAAGUAUUUGGGACUGUUUGGAAAAAACUCAGGAGGUGGGUCCCACAUUUGAUUGUUGUUCCUCGGAUUCUUCGAAUCCUUUAGACAGAAUUCAGAGGUUGUGUUCUGAUGAGGCUGUUUGGGAAUUUGAUAAUGAUGAUGAAUGGAUUACAGUGAGAAGUAAUGAUAUGGAGUUUAAUGCAUUGUCGUUAGGAGAAAUGGAAGAUUAUGAAUCAGACACUGUUUGUGUAGUUGGUGAUCAUGAGAUUGAGAUUGAGAUUGAUUUGGAAAAUUUUUAUGAACCAGAAAUUGUAAUUGAAUUGAGUAGAUGGAAUGCUAUUGUUGAUUAUUGGUGUCUUAGUAACUGCAAUUGUGUUAGUGAUUUUUCGUUAGUUUGUCAAUGUAGAAAGAUUGUUUCCUGUGUAAAAUUUGAUCAUCAGAAUAAAGAAAUUUUUAUCAUGCUCUGCUUUUUGCUUUCUCUUUGCCUCUUUAAUUUCCCAUUUUAUUAG